GGGAAGGCUUGGCCCAGUAACCCACAGCGGAACUACAACUCCCAGCACCGUGGCUGCCCGGACUCCCGGAAGCCGGAGCCCAGCCGGGAGGAAGCAGCUGAGACCCCUCCAACAGGCGGGGGUUAACUUAGCAAGAAAAAGGGGGCGGGAAGGGCUGGGCGUCUGUCAGUUCGCCACCAUGAACGUGGUUUUUGCUGUGAAGCAGUACAUUUCUAAAAUGAUAGAGGACAGUGGGCCCGGUAUGAAAGUACUUCUCAUGGAUAAAGAGACGACUGGCAUAGUGAGUAUGGUAUACACACAAUCGGAGAUUCUUCAGAAGGAAGUGUACCUCUUUGAACGCAUUGAUUCUCAAAAUCGAGAGACCAUGAAACACCUGAAGGCAAUUUGUUUUCUUCGCCCUACGAAGGUACUGCAUAAACUGAGCUGCCUCCUACCCAGGCAAAUGCAGAACACUCUGAUCUGAAAGCAUUAAGAAGGCAAAAUAAAUUUGUAUUAUCAU